UCGCCAAAGAUAGUGAACGCUUAUCAGGCGGGCGCGCUCGUGGUCGUGUUUACGAACGCUCGCCAGGGGCUCGCCUAUGUGUGCCGCUGUUGGCAGGCCACUGAACGGCUGAUAAAGCCGCCCGAGCGCUCGACGAGCUGGGGCACACUCGAGGGGCACACUGCUCGGCCGGGUCCAGUUGCCAACGGGCUGCAGUCGGUGCCGGUUGCCUGUGUAACACAAGUCAUGAUAGGAGCUGCCGCACGAAUCUUGGCUCAAGUGAAGGUCCUCAAGUCGCCCCGCCCCGCAACACUGGUUCUGGUCCGCGGCAUGGCAGCGUAUCUGGUGGAGGACAAGCAGGAGUACGGCUUCCUGCGGGAGCUCGGGCUGGAGCGGGUGAACGCGGGCGUGUACGAUGGUGCCGGGUGGAGCGCGGGCCACGGUGAGCUGGUACAGUCGGUGGACCCGGCAACGGGGCGCAUCAUCGCCGAGGUGACGACGGGCAACGAGGCGGACGCGGACCGGUGCAUCGCGGCGGGCGUGAAGGCGUACGACGAGUGGCGCCGCCUGCCGGCCCCGUUCCGCGGCGAGAUCGUGCGCCAGAUCGGGGACGAGCUGCGGAAGUACCGGGAGCCGCUCGGCCAGCUCGUGUCGCUCGAGAUGGGCAAGAUCCGGGCGGAGGGCGUCGGCGAGGUGCAGGAGUUCGUCGACAUCUGCGACUACGCGGUCGGGCUGUCGCGCAUGUUCGCCGGCCAGAUCCUGCCGUCGGAGCGCCCGCAGCACACGAUCCUGGAGAAGUGGAACCCGCUCGGGCUGGUCGGCAUCAUCUCCGCGUUCAACUUCCCGUGCGCCGUGUUCGGCUGGAAUGCCGCGAUCGCGCUCACCGUCGGCGACUCGGUCCUGUGGAAGGGGGCCCCCAGCACGCCGCUCGUCAGCAUCGCGACGACGCGCAUCGUGGCGGAGGUCCUGCGCCGCAACCGCGUGCCGCCCGCGGUGGUGACGCUCUGCCAGGGGGGCACCGACGUCGGCCAGCGGAUGGCGGCCGACCCGCGCGUCAAGCUGCUCUCCUUCACCGGCAGCACGGAGGUGGGGCGCGAGGUCGGCGUCCAGGUGCAGCGCCGGUUCGGCCGGGUGCUGCUCGAGCUCGGCGGCAACAACGCGCUCCUGAUCAACGAGGACGCCCCGGCCGAGAUGGCGCUGGAUGCCGCGUUCUUCGGCUGCAUCGGGACCGCCGGCCAGCGCUGCACCAGCACCCGCCGGCUCAUCAUCCACGAGCGGCUGUACGACGUGUUCCUGCGCAAGCUGGUCGCCCGCUACACGGCCCUGCUGCAGCGCGUCGGCCACCCGCUCGAUAGCGCCACGCUCUACGGCCCGCUCCACAACCAGCGCGCCGUCGAGGGGUACCGGGCCGCGGUGGCGGAGGCCGUCCAGCAGGGCGGCCGCAUCGAGUGCGGCGGCCGGGUGCUCGAGCGGGCCGGCUGCUUCGUCGAGCCGACCAUCAUCUCCGGCCUGGCGCACGACGCCCCGGUCGUCCUGCGCGAAACGUUCGCCCCGAUCGUGUACCUCUUCAAGGCGCGCAACCUCGCCGAGGCCAUCGCCUGGAACAACGAGGUCGACCAGGGCCUCUCGUCCGCGCUCUUCACCAGCAACGUACAGUCGGCGUUCCAGUGGAUCGGCGAGACCGGGUCCGACUGUGGCAUCGUCAACAUCAACACGUCACCGUCCGGGGCCGAGAUAGGCGGUGCGUUCGGUGGCGAAAAGGCCACCGGAGGGGGCCGCGAGUCCGGCUCCGACGCCUGGAAGCAGUACGUGCGCCGCUCGACCAUCACCGUGAACCACUCGUCGAACCUGCCGCUCGCCCAGGGCAUCGUUUUCGAGUGACGCACGACCCCUGACCUGACUUCUGGCCAGCCACAAGCAACACAGCAUCCUUCUCACAAUAAAAGGCUCCGUUCGGGCCGCCCCCCCCCCCCCCCGGCCGAAUGUGGCUGGGCCAACCAACACCAA